AGGGAGUUGCACAAAUGCAGGAGAUUAUCAGGGACUCGGAACACAAUUGGCUUGUGCGAAUGUGCAUGAAUGCCUUCAAUGUCUAUCUGACUAUGAUCCAUUUGAUCAUUCACGACAGCAUCACCCAGUUGCAAAUGGACGCUGAUCCUCAACUGAUGGAUGUCCUGUGUUAUCCCCUGCUCUUAGCGGGGAUGGAUAUCCUCGUGUUCCUGAACUGUAGUCAUGAUGGACGAGGGUAGAAGACCUCCCAAGAAAAUUAUCAAAAUUAUGGGGAUCUGAACAUUUAUGAGGAUGUUCCUCUCUCCCUUUUGGCGCCAUAUCCAAGUCACCAUGUCGGUUGAAGAGGAGAAUAAAAAUUCGCAAGAUCGAUGACUGUCUUCUACCAUGCAUGACCUUCCACUUCACGUCAAUUGUAAAGCGGUCAAAACAUCAGCCAUACGGUUUGGAAUGGAAAAAAUCUGGGACCCAAUCGGAGAAAGCGUGGAAUACAAGAUUUUCUCUUCGUGUUCAAACACAAAAGCUGUCUUGACCGUUGAGUUUUGUUGGAGUAGUGGGGGAAAUAGGAGUGGGGGUAAAUUAUCAAUGGCUUCCCCCAUUCGAUUGUUUUGUCAAUAUCGCAAAAACGUGUCUCCAUACAACCCAGUGGUGAUAUCUACUCAAAUAACGCAAAAAUGAAGAUCGAAGAAGUGAAGAGCUCUGCUAAGACGCAGAGAAUAUCAGCCCAUACCCAUAUAAAAGGUUUAGGACUGGACGAGAAUGGAGAAGCAAUACAAUCAGCAGCCGGCCUCGUGGGUCAGGCACAGGCACGAGAGGCUGCGGGGAUUAUUGUCGAUCUGAUAAGGUCUAAGAAAAUGGCAGGUCGUGCUGUUCUCCUGGCAGGCCCCCCAGGUACUGGUAAAACUGCUAUUGCCCUAGCCAUUGCCCAGGAACUAGGCAACAAAGUGCCCUUCUGUCCAAUGGUAGGAUCAGAAGUCUACAGUUCAGAGAUAAAAAAGACUGAAGUUCUCAUGGAGAACUUCAGACGAGCCAUUGGUCUCAGAAUAAAAGAGACGAAAGAGGUUUAUGAGGGUGAAGUGACAGAAUUAACUCCUGUUGAAACAGAGAAUCCCAUGGGAGGGUACGGUAAGACUGUUUCCCACGUUAUAAUUGGACUGAAGACAGCUAAGGGAACGAAACAGUUGAAAUUGGAUCCCUCGAUUUACCAAUCACUGCAGAAAGAAAAAGUUGAAACUGGAGAUGUGAUCUAUAUUGAGGCUAAUAGUGGAGCUGUCAAGAGACAGGGACGAAGUGAUAAUUAUGCCACAGAAUUCGAUCUAGAGGCUGAGGAGUAUGUACCACUACCUAAGGGGGAUGUUCAUAAGAAAAAGGAGGUUAUUCAGGACGUGACACUUCAUGAUCUGGAUGUGGCCAAUGCCAAGCCACAGGGGGGUCAGGAUAUAAUGUCGAUGAUGGGGCAAUUGAUGAAGCCAAAGAAGACAGAAAUUACUGACAAACUGAGAAAGGAGAUAAACAAAGUAGUCAAUCAGUACAUCGAUCAGGGAAUAGCAGAGCUAGUUCCAGGAGUCCUCUUCGUCGAUGAGGUCCACAUGUUGGAUAUUGAAACAUUUACCUAUCUUCAUCGUUCCCUCGAGAGUGCUAUUGCUCCUAUUGUCAUAUUCGCCACAAACAGAGGACAUUGUGUGAUUAGGGGGACGGAAGAUAUCGUAGCGCCUCAUGGCAUUCCUCUUGACCUUCUCGAUCGUCUUCUCAUCAUCAAAACACUUCCAUACUCCAAAGCGGAAAUUGAACAGAUUGUGAAGCUCAGGGCUGUCACCGAAGGACUUCAACUGGAGGAUGACGCGUUCACUGCACUUGGGGAUCUUGGAACCACCACUACUUUGCGUUAUGUCGUUCAGCUAUUGACACCGGCUGCUCUCACAGCCAAAGUCAAUGGCAGGACGACCAUUAAGAAAGAAGAUAUUGAGGAAGUGGGGGGACUUUUCCUUGAUGCUAAGUCUUCUGCUAAAAUAUUAACGCAGCAGAAGGAUAAGUUUAUGAUGUAAUUUAAGGUAUUUUGUUUUCUCUCAUGAAUAAAUAAUUUUUCUAACUAAA